AUGCCCACGGACCUUUCUGGAGAUGCAUCGGAGCCAUUUAUUGGAGAUAUGAGCUUCCACACCUUCAAUGUUAUCUUGUCCGGGGCCUGCGCGGCUUUUGUCUGCCUUGUGAUUGUGAUUUUGAUGAUGAUGCACGCCACUCACCUUAGCAACCCAUAUCGACAGACAAAGAUUAUGAGAAUCUGUGCACUACUUCCGUUGUACGCGAUCCUCUCAUUCCUCGCAAUUGCCUUUCCAAACGCAUAUGUGUAUCUUAUUGCGUGGGUGGACUUCUUCCAAGCCAUCGCCUUAUGUGCCUUCUUCCUCUUGGUGUGUGACUAUAUUAGUCCUUCGCAGGAGGAACGCGCGAUUUUCUUUGCAAAGCUUCAACCAAAGAAAGGGAAGGGAAGCUCAAAGCCUUUGAACGGCCUCGCGUGGUUCCAGAAAAAAUGGUAUGGGGUUCUACAAUACCCUAUCGUGGCUUUCAUCGACGCAGUGGGGUCCUGCAUUGCCGAGGCUGCAGACAAGUACUGCCUGGAAAGUAACAAGGCGUAUUUUGCACAUGUUUGGCUCAACGUCAUUCGCAUUGUCUCGGUGUCCCUUGCUACAGUGUCAAUCCUCACCUUUUACGUGGCCCUGAAGACACACAUUGUGCAGCACAAGCCUCUCACAAAGCUUCUUGCCCUCAAGCUCAUUGUUGGACUGGUAUUCCUUGAGAAUAUCAUCUUCACUAUCCUGCGUUCUACGUCUGUCCUUGAGACGACAUCAAAGUUGAAUUGGGCGGAUGUCCACAUGGGUAUCGAGACUCUGAUUAUCUGCCUCCAAUUGGUACCUAUCGCCUGUUUGUUCCACUACGCCUAUGGUAUCGGGCCCUACCGACUUUCUCGCUCGGGACCUGUCGAUGACCACAACUACACUACAGUCGCUGGCAGUGGACCAAGUGUACCCAAGCGGUAUCAGGGUGGCCCAUUGGGUAUUUGGGCAUGGCUCUCAAUGUGCAAUCCAAUGAAAGAUGUGCGUGAUGUCCGCGAUACAUUCGCCAUGAUUCACCAGGGUCGCCAAGGAUCUCAGCACAUGUUGUUGAGUGAGUCGACCAGCUAUCCCUGA